CAGAUUUACUUUCGCGCGAUCAUACAAUAAUUCUGAUUUCUGUUGUGUACAGACGUGUGCGAACUGCGCGCGGGACGCCCGCCGCGCCGGUUCGGCUAAAAAUACUGUGUGUGUGUGUGUUUGUUGACAAUGAUAUUAAAUUGGUAAAUAAACACAUACCUAACAUGAACAGAGAAGAUCUCGAAAGAUGUGUAACAUGCUUUUAUAAAUACGCACUGUGCUUUGAAUGUUGAUUUGAAAAAAAAACUAAGUAUGGUAAAAGGAGAAUAAGUUAAAAAAUAAGAGACACAGAACGAACGAACCAUGUCGCUGCUGGCGCCAAGGAGAGUCGAACUGGAGUGGUCCCAUAAGUUGCCAUGGGAGCAGGAGCCGGGGUGCGACAGGGAGGAGUCUUUCAAGAAGGCGGCACCCAACCAGUCCAACCAGUCAGAGUCAUCGUCGUCGUCUGCAGACACCCAUUCCCAAGGCUCCGGAUCAGCGGCCGCGCCCGCGCCCCGCCCUAAGCGAAAUGAGCCACAGAGAGAGGAGCGGCGGCCUGAAGUCGCCAGCGCUCCGAGAAUCCAAACAAACCCAUUAUUGAGGUCGCGAACCCUCCCCAACUUCGGCGGGCGGUCGAAGGAGGCGUCCCGGUGCGACACCUCGCGGCGCGCGCAGCCCAUCACCAUGGCGACGGAGGACCUGCUGCAGCCCGGACACGUCGUUAAGGAGAGAUGGAAGGUGGUGAAGAAGAUCGGCGGCGGGGGUUUCGGCGAGAUCUACGAGGGUCUAGACCUGGUGACGCAGGAGAGCGUGGCUCUGAAGGUGGAGUCCGCGCGCCAGCCCAAACAGGUGCUCAAGAUGGAGGUCGCCGUGCUCAAGAAGCUGCAAGGCAAGGAGCACAUCUGCCGAUUCAUCGGUUGCGGGCGAAACGCGCGGUUCAACUACGUGGUGAUGCAGCUGCAGGGCCGCAACCUCGCCGAGCUGCGGCGCGCGCAGCCCCGCGGCGCCUUCUCGCUCUCCACCACGCUCAGGCUCGGUAUGCAAAUACUCAAGGCGAUUGACUCAAUACACGCCGUCGGAUUCCUACAUAGAGAUAUCAAACCGAGUAACUUCAGCAUCGGCCGCCUGCCGACGACGUGUCGGCGCGUGUACAUGCUGGACUUCGGUCUGGCACGACAGUACACCACCGGCAGCGGCCAGGUGCGAGCGCCGCGUAAUGCUGCUGGUUUCAGAGGCACGGUGCGCUACGCGUCGAUCAACGCUCACAAGAACAAGGAGAUGGGGCGACACGACGACCUGUGGUCGCUCUUCUACAUGCUGGUCGAGUUCGUCAACGGCCAGCUGCCCUGGAGAAAGAUCAAGGACAAGGAACAGGUGGGCGUAAUGAAAGAGAAGUACGAUCAUCGGCUGCUUCUCAAGCACCUACCGUCGGAGUUGCGGCAGUUUCUAGAACACGUGCAAUCCCUGGAGUACGCCGACACGCCCGACUACACCAUGUUGCACGCGCUGCUCGAGCGCUGCUGCAAGCGCCGUGGCAUCCGUGACUCCGAUCCCUAUGAUUGGGAGAAGGAGCAGCCUGUGUCUUCUCGGCCGCGAGUAGCACUUACCACGGGCGCAGCGGAGCACCAGCCCUCACCAGAUCACCAAGCUGAAAGGUCGCGGCGACGGCUCGAGACGGACGCAGGGACGGCGGGCACGGUGGCGCUCGCGACUGACACGCACGCACUGACGCCCGCAGCGCGCCGCACGCCCGCGUCGCCCAGACACGCCAACCACCAUAAUGGAUAUUCUAAUCCGGAGAAACAAACGGAAAAAGAGCCAGAGACUAGGACGACGCCGGUGCCGUCGCCUGAUAGACACGCUAAGGAGACGAGUACAUCUGCGGUGACAGGCACUACGGGCACGCAGCGCCAGAGUGUCCCGCCCUGCAAGCCGCGCGCCCCCGCUCCCGGUGGUGGUCCGACGCUGCUGCGGCUGCGCGUGGUGACGGCGCCGCCCACCUGCGUGCAGGAGCUCGCACCCGCCACGCCCUCUAUCACAGGAGACCCCAACAGUCCACGUAUAGUUGCUGAUGUGGACAGUGUUCACUCCGACACGCACUUUAAGAGAGGAACUCGGCGCACGGGCCGUAACCGCGCUGACCAGAGUUUCACACAGUUUGCUGUCAUGGACGACGAAAAUGUCUCCGCUUUGCAGCAGGUGACAAAAGGUGGAGCGUUGACGUUGGUGUCGCUGUGGAAAUCGCAGUUCGAUGACUCGGAAGAGACGACCGACAACGAGUGGAAGCAAGAGCAGCUACAGUCAAAACACGUGCAGUCCCCGGAGCACCGCGCGCGCGUGUCCGCACUGUCGUCGUGCUCGCACGCGGCGCGCACGCAGCUGCCCGCGCCGCAGCAGCACUCGCAGCAGACGCAGCACUCCCAACAGACUGUUGAUUCGCAGGAGCCACAGCGCACGGAACCGCAGCAGAUUGAGACGGAGAAGCCAAAAUCGGAGAAGUCGUCGCCGGCGCGCGCCCGCAAGUGUUGCCUGCACAACGCCGGCAUCGACGCCUUCCCCAAGCUGCAGCCUGCGCUGCCGCGCUGCUGGACGCUGCCUGCUAUCGGCUGCCGCGUCCGGGAGCUGCGGCCGCCGCUGCUGCAGCAGGCGUCGUUCGACGAGGGCGGAGGCGGCGCGCUGCGGUACUCGCUCGACGUCAUGCGCGGCGUCGCCGCCCGCCUGCGACCCGAGACGCCGCCGCGCCCGCGCGCCCGCUCGCUGCCCAGUAUAUCCCGGUCGUCAUCGAGCGAGUCGCCGCCGCCGGCCGCCGCGCCGCCGCCCGCAGAGACCACGGUGUCCAGCCGCCUCGAGAUCCGCGUGCGACCCCCCGACACCGCCUCGCCGAUGCACUCCGCGGCCGUGAAGAUCCACUCAGUGGUGAGCGGCGAGCCGCCGGCGCCGCGCAACCACGAGGACGCGUCCGUGUACUACGACGCCACGGAACAUCACAGAGACAAGCGGUCGUCGACUCGCAGCGGCGAGAAGAGCCAGAGUCCCGCCGUGGAGCGGACCCGCCUCGACGCCAUACCAGACAGGAGCUCGUCAGCGGUGCGGCAAUCCGAAGGCAGCGGCGGCGGCGACGGCUCGCUACGAGACCGAUCAUCGGGCAGCGGUUCCCGCAUCCCGGUCGCGCGUCUCGGCGGCGGGGGCGGCGAGGUGCGUCUGGCGAAGUGCGCGUCGUGGGCCGGCGACCGCGCGCCCGACGCCGCGGAGCUCACUCCCGCGCUGCGCCGCCGCCGACAGAACGCCGACAAGUACGCCGCCGACCCGGCGCGAGACCUCAACCUGCGGUUCGCGAGACCGCGCACGCGCACCCCGCACGCGCAGCACCCGCCCAGGUUGUGUUCAGCGAGGCGAGAAGUGACUGUUGACUGUCGCCGCGGCCGGCGCCGCAAGUUUUGUUAUCGAGUUGACCUCGGCCCGUGCGGUUGUGCGAUGUUUGUAUACGUAAAAUACGUAACACGUAUACGCCAAGUGCAUACAUGUGCGUAUGCUGUACGUAACUAGCACGUAAAAGUAUGCAAGAUCUGCAAUCUAUACUCUUUGAUGACGAAAGUUUUUGUGGUAUGAUAUUAUGCUACGUGUUUAUGAAUUAUAAGUUUGGGU